UCACACUCAGCUUACCGGUAGCUUUGCACAUCCGGUGUGGAGACCGGAGCUGAGCUGAGCCGAGCCAGGACGGAGACGACGCGUUAACAUCAACAACUGCCAGUACCUCGAAGAAUAUCCACCAUGUCCGCUGCUCUGUGCCUCGGCCUUCUCCUCUGCUGCCUCCAAACCAACAACGUCGGAGCAGAGCUGGCGCCCCCAGUCAACUUGACCAUGAUCACGUUGAACACCGAUUACAUGCUGAGCUGGGAUUGGGACCAGAGUUCGGCAGAGAGUCAAGCUGUCAACUUCACCACACAAUAUCUGGCGAAGUACAAGCUGAAGUUUACGAAAAGGACUCCAAUCUGGCAAACGGUGUGUGAGAAGACGUCACAUAGGUCAUGUGACCUUACAGGGCUGAACCUGUACUUCCUGGGCAUCUACGUGAUUCGUGUACAAGCCAACGUGAACAGGCGUCUCUCCGACUGGGCGCACAAGGAAUUCUGCCCUGAUAAAGAGGCUGCUGUGGGUCCUCCAACCAAAGUGGAACUUUCUCCUGCUGGAAGUGGGCUGGAGGUUACCAUCUCUGACCCUAUGACCAGCACCAACGUCUCCAUGAAGGAACAUCAUCGCGAGCUGUACUACCGCAUCCUCUACUGGGAACGCUCUGUAGGCACACAGGUCUCAACAACUAAGACGUUGAAUACCGACGCCAACACGGUGAAUUUGCCAAACCUGAAGGCCUGGACUUGGUACUGUGUGAGCGUCCAGUCACGCUAUGACUUCUACCACAAGAACAGCAGCUUCACCUCACCCCUGUGCAUGGAGACCGAAGGUAUCGUUCCGUGGUAUGAGAUCUUUGGGUACUUCGUGCUCUCUCUGGUGAUCUGCUUCGUGGUCGUGCUGCUCUCACUCUUCAUCUCCUACCGGUGCUACAAGACCAUUAAGGCGACGUUCUACCCCUCCGUCCAGCUGCCUACACCCUUCCAGUAUCUUUUUGACUCACCUGGGUCUGACAUUCCUCGCCUCCUCACCCCGGAUUCAGACUCCGAGUUGUUGUGUGGUACGGUGACCAUCUGUCCAGAGCCACCGGUCCUGGAAAUCCACAUCCUUCCUCCUGAGGCGCUGCUGGCGCCCCCAUCAGACCUGGAGCCAGACAGCAGUGUUAGACACAGUCGCCAGGACAGCGGCGGCAGCGGAGAUUCAGGAGUGUACUCCACGGGGGGCUCCAGCCUGCUGCAGUCCAGCUGUCAGUCCAGCUGUCAGUCCAGCUGUCAGUCCAGCUUUCAGUCCAGCUGUCAGUCCUCCACAGGGGUCCAAGAUUCUGGGCAGGGCCACUUUGACUUUGAGCAGGUGAAGAUGCAGGACAUGGCUCCAGGGCUCAAGACUCAUCUUCUGAUCACAGACAAUUGCCUUGUGGACAUGUGCGUCUGAAGGCAUGCACGCGAAAAAAGACGUUUUAUCGAGGGGAGCAUGAAGCGAGGACGACAUUAAGGAAGACUGAGGUUUGAGGAAAAUGUGCGUUGUGCCUUUUCUCCAGCUGUAAACUGUGAAACGAGAGGAAAGCAUAACAAAGAAAAGUGUGGAGAAAGGAUUAUUUAAAAAAAACUCAAGAUGAGUGAGACUCCCACAAUGGAAAAAAGUGAUCUGAUGUGAUGUCUCUCCAUGUUUCCACCUUCCCAGGAGGAACGGUGUGUUCUUCACUGUUGAUAUAUCUCUCUUUACAGAUGCUUUUCAAGAUGCAGAUCCUCAUGUGACCUACUUUUUUGGCACCAACAAGGAAGUAGUGUUCCGAUUUUUAUAUGUUGUACAUACGUAUCCUUCACCUUUUCUCCAACAGCCACUGUCUUAACCUUCGUGCUGUGAGUGGUUGGCAGGUCGCUCUAAUCGGACUGAAUGUGGGUGAAAGGAUUAGAGUGUAUCUGUGUAGCAGUCUGCAUUAAUAAUGGUUUUAAAGCUUGGGAAAACCCAAACACUGUCAGGCCGUCCUUUCAGGCCUCCCUCCAGAGCCACUCCCCCCAAAUUAUCAUUAUGAAGACAAACAACAACCAACAUGGCUACUGUUGGUACUCACAGCUGUCAAACUAGCAGGUUGUGGAUGACUCCAGUGACGCACAGUGAGUGCUCAGGCAGGUAUGUAGACAGGUUUAUUACAUUCCUGCAACUAUGGCAGAGUAUCAGGGCCACUGUCGGUAAAAAAAUAAUGACGGAGCUGGGGGAGGGGAUAAUAUUUGGAAAAAAAAAAAUCUAAUUUCCGGGCUCCAUCCAUCCAUUCUCAUCGGUUUAUCUGUGGCCGGGUCGGGGGGGCAGCAGGCUAAGCAGGGUAUCCCAGACGUCCCUCUUUCCAGCAAACUCUAAGGACAUAAUUCACCAUAACCUGUGGUUCAACACAAGCAGUUAUGUUAUGUGCCUUUUCUGUGUUGUUGUUCCUUCACAUUGACACACAGGCCUUUAAAAGCGUCACUGUGUAACCGUGUCUGUCACGUGACGCCAUUGGGCCCAAAAAGACUUUUCCCCACAGACUUACAUCGGGAAAGAGAUGGGUCCUAAAUCAGCAGAGAAUAUUUUUUAAGGUGAAUCAACUUCCCAGAAUGACCGCUUGAAUAGCCCUUAUUUAAAUAAUUCGGUCCUAAAAGUUGCAAAAUGCGCUAAUAACUGAAUCCAGAGUUAAUUCCCUUCCUCGGUUCAUGUGAAUGAGACCCAGAUGGAGGCUGGAGCGAUGGCUGGGAGGCGGAGUUAAAGGAAACGCUACUGCGCCUGCCCUAUGGGCCCAAUGGAUGCAGAAAAAGCUUCUUUUUUUUUGCUUCAUGCACCACAGAGCAACUUUCAUGUGAAUGAACGGGAGCCCGCUGUAUCUUGUUCUCUUUCUACAUCCAUGUUAGUACCAGUGUGUGUUGGCUGUGCUGAAAUAAAAGAGACACGCCUUUGCGUAGUCAAAGAUACAAA